AUUUCAGAUUUCAGCUUUAUUGUCGCAAUAAAUUCUACUUACACUAUACUGCGUAGAGAAGCUGAGCAUAAGUGGAAGAAUUUUCACAGUGAUCUGUAUGACGAGAAUCAACAAUACCACCUAUUGUAUGAAGAUGGACAGCAGGCAGUCUUCAUACCCGGUUCAGACAAGGAGCCAUUCACAUUAAGCAGAUACCACGAGGAAUUAGGAAAAGACUUUAAGCGAAUUACCUUAUUUCUCUGCCCAAAUCACGAUUUUCUAAAAGCGGAAGGCCUACUUGACGAUGAAAAUGUUGAUGAUGAUUGUGACAUUUUCUCUGACCCUUCAGUCAGAACCCUUAGCAAUGUUUCAGAUGAUGCUCAAGAGAAUGACAACCCUGCCAAACGUCCUCGACACAAUAGCUCAAUCAGCAUUGACCUCACAACUGCACCCACACAGGAUGUAAAGCCUGAUCGAGAAGAUGAUUCAGAUAAAUCAGAUCAAAUUGAACUAGAUCAUCAGCUGGCUAACCACUUACAGGAUCUGUACGACAAUGAACAAUCUGCGGUUCCAUCUGAUGUCACGGCUAAAGAAUCUAGUGAAUCACCACCCUCAAUAGUUGGCAUUGUGAAAAUGUUGGCCGAGAAAGUGGAUUCAUCAGACAAACAACUGUUUAUUGUUUUGAGGCGAAAUGCCCAACUAAAUAGAGUACUUUCAAUCUGGAGCAGAGAAAUAAAAAGAAAACCUGCAUCAUCUCGAUAUGUGGUGAAAGUAAAAUUCAGUGGUGAGCAAGGGAUAGAUUCUGGUGCCAUGGGAAAAGAGUUCUUCACUUUAACUCUUUCUAAAAUCGGUUCUAGUAUGUUUCCUCGUGGAAUACCUGUAGAUUCGACACUUCACAUCCAAAAUGGAAACUUCAAGGCUUGUGGAGAGAUCAUAGCUGCAAGCCUCGCCCAGGGUGGACCUGCACCCCGCUGUCUUGAUGCAACCGUGUAUGAUUUGUUGGUUAACCCAAGUAUAUCACUUCAGGAACUUAACUGUGAAACAAAUUUAACAGCAUCGGACAGAAUUCUAUUAGAUUCUAUUCUAGAGGAUAUAAUGAAGAACACCAACACCAUUAUCGACCACGGUUAUACAGGAAUAAUUGAUGAUUCCCACAUUGGAGAAAUUCGGCAGUCUAUUGUCGUCAGCAUUGUAACCAAGAGGUUAGUCUAUCUGAAUGAAUUCAUGCAUGGGCUUGAUUCGUAUGGGUUAAGAAAUAUUCUCCAAACCCACCCCAAUGUAUGCAAAGCUCUUUUUGUGCAAGAUGAUCAUGACGAAAGUGCUGUUGAUGCUAAUUACCUGUUUUCAAUAAUGAAUCCAGAAUUUUCAGAAGCAGGUAGCACACGGAAAGAAAUCGAAGAAUCGAUGAUGGAUUUCCUCCAGGAUUUCUUGUUUGGUCUGGAAGAUAAGCCAUGCGUUUCUGGUUACGCACAGGCACUUGCAACCAGUGAUGAUGAUAGCGCAGGUGCCGAAGGCGAACAGGAACAGCUAGUACUCUCUCCAGAUUGCACUCCUGCAGGAAUCAUGGGAUGGCUUACUGGUCAAAAACACAAACCUCUCGAUGAAGAACCGCUUACAGUCACGGUUAGAUUCAAUCAUGAUUGUGCUAUGCAUAAUCCAAACCAUCGCAUCUGCUAUCCAACAGUUGGAGCUUGUGCCAAAGAAAUUUCAUUUCCCGUCGCUCAUAUGAAGACAGCUGAAGAGUUUAAUGAUGUUUUUAUGGUGGCUAUCUCCAAAGGACAGACUUUUGAAAAAGCAUGA